CAGACAUUUUCAGAGGCAGCUAAACGGUGCGGGACGCACUUGUGAUGUGAGGGACCGUCACCCCGUCUCAUCUCAUCUUACGGUUCUGUUCAUUUUUCCCCCUUUUUCUUUAAUCAUUUAUCAUCCGGAGUGACGUCAGUUUAAAACAAGACUGUCAUUAUUCGCACGUGUAGAUGUUUCCCUGAGAGGCGGACCUGGUGCUGCUGGGAGCACUGGCCACAUCUAAUCCAUUUCUGCUGCUUUGGAUCAAAUAUCAGGGAGGAUGUUCCCCAUCAACAAGUCUCUUGACUUCUUCACGCAGUGACGGUCGAUGGCUGCGGAAUGGAGAUAGCCUUGGUGAGCUUUGAGAACGGUGGCGCCAAAGGAAGCGGAGGAGGCGGCGGAGGAAACAAUGCCGAGGAGAGCUGCCGGAACGCGCUGGAUGUCCCUCACUCGGGCUUCGUUCAAACUGGACUCGGGGAGGACUACGGAAAAGAGCUGAACACCCGGGGCAGUCCUCGUCAGAAUCAGCAGCAGAGCUCCUGGAAGAUCAACGACAUGAACAACACUUUCAGCUGCAGCGAGAACGCGAUGGAUGCGCUUUUACGCGCGGACCACAGUCCGCACCUGUUUGACGAUGACCUGCUGGACAUGGACAUGGACACGGAGAGCAACGAGAGGGUCCUCAUCAACAUUGCAGGGUUGAGGUAUGAGACCCAGCUGGGCACUCUGAACCAGUUUCCCGACACUUUGUUGGGAGACCCCGCAAAGAGGAUAAAAUACUUUGACCCGCUGCGGAACGAGUACUUCUUUGACCGCAACAGACCCAGUUUUGACGGGAUUUUGUACUUCUAUCAGUCAGGAGGGAAAAUCCGCAGACCUGUCAAUGUGUCAAUUGAUGUAUUCGCAGAUGAGAUUAGGUUUUACCAGCUGGGGGAGGAGGCCAUGGAGCGGUUCCGAGAGGAUGAGGGCUUUAUUAAAGAGGAGGAGAAGCCGCUGCCCCAGAAUGAAUUCCAGAAGCAGGUUUGGCUCAUAUUUGAGUACCCGGAGAGUUCAAGUCCAGCAAGGGGCAUCGCCAUCGUGUCAGUGAUCGUCAUCACCAUAUCCAUCAUCACCUUCUGCCUGGAGACGCUGCCAGAGUUCAGGGAUGAGCGGGAGCUGCCGGUGACCAGCCGGCUGGACAACAGCACUGCUCCCCGACCCUCCCUCACCUUUACGGACCCCUUCUUCAUCAUCGAGACCACAUGUGUCAUCUGGUUCACUUUCGAACUCUUUGUGCGCUUCUUCGCCUGCCCCAGCAAGUCGGAGUUCUCCAAGACCAUCAUGAACAUCAUCGACAUCAUGUCCAUCAUGCCUUACUUCAUCACCGUGGGCACGGAGCUGGCCGAGCAGCAGGGUCAGGAGCACCAGAACGGACAGCAGGCCAUGUCGCUGGCUAUCCUGCGAGUCAUCCGUUUGGUCCGCGUCUUCCGAAUCUUCAAACUCUCCAGGCACUCCAAGGGCCUGCAGAUCCUGGGUCAGACCCUGAAGGCCAGCAUGAGAGAGCUUGGAUUGCUCAUCUUCUUCCUCUUCAUCGGAGUCAUCCUCUUCUCCAGUGCGGUCUACUUUGCAGAAGCGGAUGAACCAGAGUCGCACUUCUCCAGCAUCCCCGAUGCCUUCUGGUGGGCGGUGGUCACCAUGACAACCGUGGGCUACGGUGACAUGAGGCCAGUGACAGUAGGAGGGAAGAUCGUGGGCUCUCUGUGUGCCAUCGCUGGUGUGCUGACCAUUGCGCUGCCAGUGCCGGUCAUCGUGUCCAACUUCAACUACUUCUACCACCGAGAGACGGACCAGGACCAGUCCUCUCUGAAAGAUGAGCCCAACGGCGACAAAGACAGUCCAGAACUGAAGCGCAAAGGCAGCAAAACAUCCAACAAAUCCCAGGAUGUGGAGAACAAUGAUGCGUCAGUGGAGAAGAAUAUCAAAGCCAACAGCAGCAUGGACCUGAAAAGAUCCCUUUACGCAUUCUGCUUGGACACACGGGAAACUGACCUGUAGCUCCUUUAGAGCCCGGAACUGUCCAAUAAGCCCCCCCCCCAUUAAUGCACUCUUAAGUCUUUGCACAAGCAGAGGAUCAACAGAUUGCAAUCCUGAAAAGUUAAAAGAGGGUUGAUUUAUAAAAAGCACAUGUUAAUCCUCCUCAUUCGCUGAGUAGAAGAAGAAGAAGAAGCACACUGGCCCUUUAAGGGAGGGAAUACCUUCAAAAGUACAUUAAAGUCGUGGCUGAAUUACUGAGGAAUAUAGGACACACGGUCUGUGGUCCAGAUGAUCAAGCAGGACUUGGAAUAAUUACUUGACAAGGAUUAACUGCAGCUGCAGACUCUUGUACAUACAAUUCACUCCACCAUCAGUAGAAGAAAAGCCAAAUUUACUUUUCCCUAGGUUUUGUCGUUAUGUUUACGCUGAAGAUUUGCAUCUGCAGCCAUGUACAUAUGUUUCCUACAGGCCUAUUUAUCAUCAUCAUGGUGUGAGUAUUGCUGUAUUUGGAGAGAAGAAAAACUAUUUUUGAGACGCAGGCACCUGUUUCCUCCACUCAGGUUCUGGCCAAGGAGCAAGCGUUUCCCUUUUCUUAUCAACUGUUGAGCUCCUCACAGAGGACCUGGAGAUUUUUAGAUAUUGAACAACAGCCUUGGUAUUUAGACUAAAAAGUAUUUUUUAAAGGACAUCAUAUGGAAGUACUCUAUUCAAGGAAGAAAGCCAAGAACGUGGACAGCGCAGAGACCAUCUGGAGUGAGCCAACAUGUCAAUAACCAGAGAGUUGACGCCCUGCCCUCCGACGAUCAGGAGAGUGGAUCCCACGCAGGACUCCCUUCCACUGGAAAUCACAUCUGCUGCAGCAUCAUCCGCCCUUUCUUUUCUUUUCUUUUCUUUUUAACUCUGUGCCUUCAACCAAAAAUAACCAGAAGCAGUCAAGUUGGUUUUGCUUUUUAUGUUUUAUUUGUUUCUUUUUUUUUCCUUUCUUUAGAGCAGGACUCAGAGGAUUUAUCUUCCUGAUGUAGGAGGGCCUGGGAUCUGCUGCUGAUCUCUGGACUCAAAAGAUGAAAAAAAUAUUACAAUUACCUAAUCAGGAAAUGCAAGUUUUGCUCAUUUUAUUGUGAUGACUUAUCAUUAUUUUCUACAACGACCGUGUCAGUGAUUUACUUCAUAUUGGAAUAAAUCCCUAGCUGUGCAAUAUCAGUCGAUAUUUAUGUGAAGUUGUCAUGUGGAUGUAGACUUUUGAUGAACUUUUGGUUUAUUUUUGUAAUGACGUUUUUUCCUGAUUUAUAUUUUUCUAAAAUGAUGAACAAAUGGGGGUUUUCGAGGAGAAAAAAAAGAACUUCAGAAAGGAGGAUAAAGCAUUUGGUUGAUGUUGAGUUUCCCUCCUGCCCUGAGCUGGGCCAAAGCCAUAGCUGAUCUCAGAUCAUUCCACCGCUCUGGACUGCGAGACGCAUUCAGGGUGGCAGAUUUCAGAGCUGAAGUAACUGUGUGUCAGCUCAUCGAUGCUGUUUUGGUUUGUACUGUUUGUUCAGGGGCUUCAGUCUAAAGGUGUUUGAUUAAUCUUGAACCUUCGUGUGGCCUGCUCUUCUACUUCCUCCUACAUAUCAAUCAAGAAUACUAGAAGUGGCAUGAAUAGCUGUGUGUGAACGAGCGUGUGCGUUCCACUGCGUGGAAAUACUGUGAAUUCUCAACUUAAAUCGCAGAUUGAAUAAAUAAAGACGACAAUUUGUUUCUUUUUUUUUUCUACAUAAAUGAUAUAUAGAGUUGCUUUAUUUAUUGGCCUACCCACAUCUUGGGUGCCAACCAACCAUUUUAGCUUGCGCUGGUUUAAAAUCCCAAAUUUGGGUUGCCUUGUCACAAAAUACAACCGAUCGCUUGUUAUGCUACGGACACAACAGUAUACUAAAAGCACUUUUAAAGCUAUCUAAUUCUUUGAUCUAAAUCUUGAUCCUUCAAAAAGACGUUUGUGAAUUAGCUCUACCGCCAGUUUACACAACAUCCAGCACAUUUUCAGAUGUUGAUUCAAACGGCCCAGCUAUUUAUUGACAGGUAAAUUGUGGUGGACGUGCUAACUACUAAGUCAUCGGUGGCUGCUAUCUGUUGUAUUAGACUGAAUUCUCAUAAACAAUAAGCGGACAAACACUAUAUAAGAUAAAAUAAAAGACACGCUUUCAUACUGAUGCUGGGAGGUAUGUAGGCAUCUCUCAUGUUAUUCAGAACGAUAGCCAUUACACUCGGGAUUGCUGUAGUAGCAAGCCGUAAAAUGCUAUUUUUCUUCAAGACUCAUUUAGUUUGGAAGCACAUAGUGUGUAUGUUCCACCAGUCCAAGGGUCGUGAAAUACUGAAAUUUACCCCGUUCAUAUUUUGCAAUUUACAGUAUCUCCAGUGCAGUUUGUUGUUUCUGUCCAGCUCUCUUUUCUUGUGACUCGUGUUGAGUGUUUCCUGAAGCUGCUAUCCUGCGUAGAUGUCUGGCCUUACGCCCCCCAAGUCCUCACCCUGCCAUCAUUGCUCCAGAUACCUCAGAUUUAAGUUUUAAGGCGUCAUGAACUUAAACGCAUCAGGAGUUCAGUUUGUGCCUUUCAGGGAAUCAACUUUGUGUUUUUAGCCUGGUUACUGCAGUGAGUCUAGAUUUUAGAAUGAAAAAUGUUUGGAAAUGCGCCAGUAAAAGAUGCAUGUAAUAAUUUGCUUAAAUGUGGAAAAUUAUGGCAGAAUUUAAUCACUGUGAGGUGAAAGCAUUUUCGCUAAAAAUAUAUAUAUGCUUGUUUAACAAUAUCAAAAGUCAAAGGACAAAGGUUAUACAUUGUUUUCCUCUCAUUAGCAACCAAGUGUCUUGAAGUUGUAUUUACUUUUUCUUCACCAAACACCCUCAAAAGGCACAAACUGUUGCUCGUGGUGCCAGUAUAUUUCAGUUAAAUGCAGCAUUUCUCUUUUGGUUGUAAAGAAUUUAAGGUAGUUGAAGGUUAACUUUCUUUCACUGCAUGGUUAUGAUCGAUGCAGCCCUUGUCCGUGUUCGAUUUUGCUGCCUGUGAGUGUGAAACAGCUUCCGUUACUGACUCCUUUCCCUAAAAACAAAGCUGCCAAACUGGUCUGAAAAAGCCAAAACUUCUGUGUUUCAGUGGUUUAAGUGUAUCACAUGUUAAACCUCACCUCGUUCAUGGUACAUUGUGUUUUUAACGGAACAUAAGAUAUCUCCUGUUUGUUAAAAUUGUUCAUAAUAUAUGCAGAGGAGUUAUGAAAUAAA